GCGUGGUAGAGCUUCUGUAGAUAUGGGUAACCUCCGCCGCAACCGAACAAAGGAGAUUGCAAGGAAUGUUCCAAGGUCACGCAAGGGUAAGGGAGGGCCGGGGUCUUCAUCUCAAACCCGAGAUGAUUUUGAUGCGGAUUACAACCAAAGAUAUGGGGAUGCGAUGUCCGAUGAGCAACUAGAACAACUUUUGCAACAAAAUCAAGGACGUUUUUUUCAUCAACAAGACAUCCCGCAAACCAUUGACGAAGAAGAGCUUGAGGAUGAUGAUGCGGAGGAGAGGGAUCCACGAACGGUCGAGGACGAGGAUCAUGGCACACCGGAUGAUGAGGAAGAGGAAGCGGAAGUGGCUACUUCUUCCCAAGCCGGUGGGAAAUCUGACUCUGUCUUUAAGGCAAAUUUUACAAAAGUUAAAGACCUCGAAACCGAGAUAUGGUACGCCACUUGCAAGCAUUGCAACAAAAAGUAUAACUUGGGAAUUUCUGGAGGGUACGGGAGUGCCACAAGGCAUCUUAAGGCCAAGCACCCGGCGGAAUAUGUGAAAUCGGACAAAGGCAAGGGAAGGCAAACCCAAAUUUCAAGGUUUGCAACUGGCCAACCCUUUGGUAAUUUCUCCUAUGAUGAUCAAAGACAUUUGACUGGUAUGUCUCAUUUAAUUGUUGAAGAAAAUUUGUCUUUUAUUUUUUCUGAAAGUCUUGCUUUAAAAGAAUAUGCUCAAAGUUCUUUAAAUCCCCAAUUUCGAAACUAUAGUCGCAAAACAAUUAAAAAAGAAGUUAUAAGGCAAUAUGUUUUGGAAAAGCAAAAAUUACAAACGUUUUUUGCAAACUUUGAUGGACGUGUUAGUAUAUGUAGUGAUAUAUGGGAGGAUACUCAUCAUCAUUUAUAUUAUUUGGGUUUGACUGCACAUUAUAUUGAUGAUGAUUGGUGUGUGCAUAAACGUGUUUUUGCUUUUCGUGAAUUUAAUGAUAGACACACCGGUGAUAAUAUUUAUAUUCUCAUUGAGCGUAUUUUAAUUGAGUAUAAUUUGAUUAAUAAGGUGUUUGCAAUUGGUUUUGAUAAUGCUACUAAUAAUAGUGCUGCUAUUCCUAGAUUGCGUGAAUUGUGUGGUUCAUCUUCUUUGAUGGGUAGGUUUUUUCAUCAACGUUGUGCAUGUCAUAUUUUAAAUUUAUGUGUAAAGGACGGCCUAGCGGCGUUGGGAGAUGCUAUGGAGGUGGUGAAGGGGGGAAUUAAACUUAUUUGGGCUAGUUCUCAACUUAAGAUGCAAUGGAGAAUUUUUUUGAAAGAAAGACGUGUCAAAUAUUGUGUUUUUCCUAAAGAUUUGUCUGUUCAUUGGAAUAGUACUUAUAACUUAAUUAAGGUGCUUAUUAGAUUUAAAAACCAUUUUCCUGCUUUUUUAAAAGAAUAUGCUAAGUAUAUUAUAAAAUCGGCCGACAUCGACACUUGUGAAAAAGUUUUGAAUGUUUUGGUGUAUUUUAAUAAUGCAACUCUAACUUUUAGUCAUGUUUAUAAACCUACCGCAAACCAAUUUUUUGUUGAAGCUGUUAAUCUCGCCGGUGCUUUUUGUGAAUUUGCUGAUGCCGCUUACGUUAGUUAUUUUUGUGACUUCAUGAAACAAAAGUUUUUGAAAUAUUAUUCCUAUAUUCCGCAUAUAUAUAGUAUUGCAUUCUUAUUCCUAUUAUUCCUACUAUUAUGCUUCUUUUUUUGGGCCAUUGCCUAUGUACGACGCCAAGGCUAUAGACCCGAAACAACAAUUUCAAGAGGUUAGUAAUUUAUUAUAUCAAUUAUUUAAUGAAUUUCAUGCACAAUAUGGUAACGCACCCCCUCCCCCGCCACGAACAUCUUCUUCAUCUAAAGGAAAAUCAAUUUUGAAAUCUGCAUUUGGCAAUCUUAUGAAAAAAAGUAAAUCGACUCCGGUUAAUGAACAAAGCUCGAUCAAUGAGCUUUCUUGAGAAGAGAUGGCUAAGCAAGUAUUAGCAAUGCCCGUAUCAACAGUUGCUGUGGAACAAGAGUUUAGUGCAGCCGGCAACAUCCUAACGGAUUAUAGGACGAGAUUGAGCGCAAAAUCUCUUGAGACGCUUGUUUGCUUCCACGAUUGGUUGAAGGCCAAACGUAGAACUCAAGAAAUUAGCAUUGAACCCACCCGCCACUUUAUGGAAGAAACAAAUGAAGAUGGCGGAAAUUCUGAUUGAUUCUUAUUUAUUAAAAAGUGUAUUUCAUGUUGUAAUUUUUGCUCAAUUUCCAAUUGUACUACAUAUUUCAAAUUAAUACAGCUUAAAUUUUUAUGUCCAACUAAUCUGAAUUAAAAAAAAUAGCCCGAGCCCGGCCCGGCCCGAACCGGCC